AUGCCAUUUACCAAAUUUGCUGACUAUUUUAACACAACCUCCAAAAAUUCCGAAGACAUCGAAAGUAAGAAUUCUUAUAAGAAUGAAACUUCUAACCAAAGUACGGACGGGGAAGACCUAGAAAGUACUGUAACAAACACAGGAAAUGACACGGAUCAUAAUAAAGGCCACCAUCGUCAUAUUAAGGAAGAGAAAUUCCACCAAUCGUCGGAUAACUUGAUAGUGGGAUUGUAA